AUGAAUUCUGAAAUUGAAUAAAAAAAUGAAUCGAUUAACUAAUUUAAAUAGAUAUUCAAAAGAUAUUAGGCCUAGAUAUCUCUUUUGUUUAUAAUUGUCGAUUAAGAAAGAAAUGACAUUGUAAAAUAAAAUUUUAUGGAUAUAUAUUCUUAAUUUAAAAAGUUUAGAAAACAAAUAAUUGUGUUGUUGCAUAAUCGCUUUGAUGAACAAUUUGAACAAAAUUCAACACUAAAAAAUUAUUUUAUGAACAUUGCUAAAAUUAGAAAAUUUUAUUCACUUUCAAACGCUGAACUUUAGGAUUAAAACUCAAUCGAUGAAUAUUUUAAAAAGAUUUUGGAAGAAUAAUAAGGUGACUUAGAAAUAGGUAUUGAUAUGAAGGACACUAUUUUUGAAGUAAGGGAUGAGAAAAAAUCUGAGAUUGAAAAUCACGCUUUUGAAUUAGCUUUCUUUAAAAGUAAGUUAGAAUAACUACAAGAUAGUGUUCAUUAAGAUGAUUAAUAACUUUUGUUGUAUUAACAAAAGAUUGCAGAACUUGAGAGAUCAAAAAUAAGAAAUUUAAAUUAAAUAAGAGAAAUAGAGAAAGAAAUAUCGUAAAAAUAGAGAGUUAUAGAAAAAAUUUAGAAGGAAGCCUAACUGAAAUCAUAAACUUCAAGUUAAGUGAAAAUAUCUUAACAACAAGGUUUAUAAAUUACCAAUUAAAAUUAUGGAAUAGUGAAUAAGAAGGAUGAGCAAUUCCUAAAAUCAGAAAUUUAGACCCUUGAAAUAUAAAGAAAAACUUUAAGUGAUAGAUUAGAUUAAUGCUUGAAAAAUUAGGACAUGAUAGAUCAAUAAAAAUAGACAAAUAAAUAAGGAAAGAAAUCACAAGGAUACGAAAAAUAAUUAUAAUUUCAAAUUGAGGAUCUAUGGAAGUAAAUUGAAGAAACUAGUACUAAAAUAAGAGAAAGUAACCAUUAAUUAGAAAAACUAAAAUCAGAUUUCAACUAAAAUUAGUAAAAUUUUUAAUAAACAACUUCUGUAUCCAAUUAUCGAAAUUCUGUUAACAUAAAUUAGAUUUCUUCUUAGUAUUAUGAUUAUUAAGGUAAUAGGUGGCCGUGA